AUUACGUGUAUAUCAACCAUCUCAUCUCAACUCCAUACGCAUUAAAACAUUCUGUGUUAGUUUAUAAAGAACAGUCCUUGACUUUAUAACGUUUUCAUUCCAGUAACUAAUUCUAUUUUACUGCAUACAGUGGCGACGUGUCAACAAAAAAAAUUAUUCCAUUCGAAUUAGAUUGAAAAAAUUGUAAUUUUCCCCGUUUAAUUAUAUUUUUAAUAUUGCAGCAAUUCUACCGACAAAAAAAAAACUUCCUCAAAAGUUAUUUUCCCUUUUGACUUCUUUUCUUUGGAUAUUAUUUCUCUCUAAAAGUAAAAUAGUUCCAUUGUUUUUAAAUAUCGUUAUUAUUGGCUAAUUUAGAAAAAAGGUGCAACAAAGAGUGACCAAAAAAAAGUGUUGACAACGUGCGCGUGUCAUGGAGGAUCCACUUUCUACAAAUGGCAAUAUUAAUGGUGAAAAUGGUGCAGUUUAUUUUGGUUUAAAUGAAAAUGAAGAUGCUGACAGUACGAAUCAAGCAAGUAACAUCGAUUCCAAUGGCAGGAGUGAAAGUCCGGUAUUUGGUCAUGAAGGUGGAUCGGGAAGAUUAGCAUCUCAUGAACUACCAAAUGAAAUUUCUGCACCAUACGAAGUGCCACAAUUUCCAAUUGAGCAAAUUGAGAAAAAGCUUCUUAUUCAACGACAACUUACAGUAAAGGCUGCGAAGGAUCUCGAGGAAAGACGCAGUCAUUAUGAGCCAUCUAUUGGACCAGGAGUGCCGGAUGAUAUCGAACAUCCCUUUAAACUUGAAGAGAAUGACUUUGUACCGCAUUUCCAACGAGUUUCCAUUUCUGGAGAGGAUACUUCCGGGGUACCAUUGGAAGACUUACAUCAAGCAUCGCAAUUAUUGGUUCAGGCACUGGCAACUCGCGAGAAAUACAUGAAUAAUUCCAAACAAACAUUUCCGACAAUUACGUCAAGAUUUUUGCGAAGUGUUGACAAAAGGCCUCACUCGACAGGAGACGAUUUUCAACACGAUGAUCGAAAGACCAUUAAAGAUCAUCCAGUUCACGUGCCAGCAUCACGUGGCGAUCCAUGGGAAUGUGAAUUCCCACCGACGAAAAAUUACCGAAUUGCGCCUAUUAAUGGAGUUUUUAAUUUAUUCGCCACUGAUGAAGAUUUAGAAAAUAAAAAACCAGUUCCUUAUUCAUAUCCAGAUUUAGCGACAUUUGUCGGUGAUAUGAAUGUUCUUUGUGCAAUGAUUGCCGAUGGACCAUUGAAAUCAUUUUGCUAUCGAAGACUGAGUUAUCUCUCAUCGAAAUUUCAAUUGCAUGUUCUUCUCAACGAACUUAGGGAACUCGCGAGUCAAAAGGCGGUUCCUCAUCGAGAUUUUUAUAAUAUUAGAAAGGUUGAUACACAUAUUCACGCGGCCUCUUGCAUGAAUCAGAAACAUUUACUGCGAUUUAUCAAAAAGACGCUUAAAAAUCACGCCGAUGAAGUAGUGACAUGUUCGAAAACUGGAGAAACAAUGACACUUCGAGAAGUAUUUCAGUCAAUGAAUUUGACAACCUAUGAUCUCAGUGUAGACAUGCUUGACGUUCAUGCUGAUCGAAAUACUUUUCACAGGUUUGAUAAGUUUAAUGCAAAAUAUAAUCCAAUCGGUGAGAGUCGACUGCGUGAGGUUUUUCUAAAAACGGAUAAUUAUUUAAAUGGCAAAUACUUUGCGCGAAUAAUUAAAGAAGUGUCGAGUGAUCUUGAGGAAUCAAAAUACCAGAAUUCUGAACUUCGUCUUUCAAUUUAUGGAAAGAGUCCCGACGAAUGGGACAAAUUAGCGAAAUGGGCAAUUGAAGGCGAUGUUUCUUCUGACAAUGUUCGCUGGCUCAUACAAAUUCCCAGAUUAUAUGAUAUUUUUAAACUAAACAAACUUAUGAAGAAUUUUCAAGAGAUACUUAACAACAUAUUUUUACCGCUUUUCGAAGCGACAAACGAUCCUAAUUCGCAUCCGGAACUUCAUAAAUUUCUUCAAUAUGUGAUUGGUUUCGAUUCCGUCGACGAUGAGAGCAAACCGGAGAAUCCUCUCUUUGACAAGGACGUGUUUCCACCGGAAAAAUGGGAUGAUAUUGAAAAUCCUCCUUAUGGAUACUAUCAGUACUAUACAUACGCAAAUAUGACUGUUCUCAAUCAUUUCAGAGCAGAACAAGGACUAAAUACGUUUGUUUUGAGACCACAUUGUGGAGAGGCAGGACCGAUCCAGCACUUAGUUUGCGGUUAUAUGAUGGCAGAAAACAUCUCCCACGGUCUUUUGCUAAGAAAAGUACCAGUGCUUCAAUAUCUUUACUAUUUGGCGCAAAUUGGCAUUGCAAUGUCACCACUCAGCAAUAAUUCCCUAUUUCUCAAUUACCAUCGCAAUCCACUACCGGAAUAUUUGGCCAGAGGACUUUGUGUCAGUCUCUCAACUGACGAUCCACUUCAAUUUCAUUUCACCAAGGAACCAUUAAUGGAGGAAUACAGCAUUGCCGCUCAAGUUUGGAAAUUAAGCUCAUGCGAUAUGUGCGAACUUGCGAGAAAUUCUGUCAUUAUGAGUGGAUUUCCACACAAGAGCAAACAAUAUUGGCUGGGUCCAAAUUAUACAAAAGAAGGUGUCGCUGGAAACGAUAUCACUCGAACAAAUGUGCCAGAUAUUCGUGUUGCUUAUCGAUAUGAGACAAUGGUCGAUGAGCUCUCCAAUAUUUUCAAAGUCGUUGAAAAAUUAGAUUCAUUCUAGCGUCUACCGUUCUCUUGUGUUCCGUCCCUCGCCAUCAAUAGAGUUGAAAUUUAAUUGUUUCAACUCUUCAAAUCUUAUAAAAACGAACACAAGAACAAAAUCGACAAGCUUAAUUAAUUUUCAAACGGAUUAUAAAAUCCAUUUUCCGCUUUGCGGCAUUUAUGGAAAUUGAUUUUCUCCAAAAAAAAAAAAAUUUUACCUCGCAAAACCUAAUGUUAUCUCAUAUAAAUAGUUUCUAUUUUAACAAUGGCUGUUAAAUCAUGUUUAGCAAUUAAGAAAAAUUAUAUUAAAAAUCUAUUUCUUAUAAAGACGAAAAAAAAGUUGUACUUUAAAAGAGAGAAGAUAUUGUAAAAAAAUAAAAUUGUUUCUCAACAGACUUCUAUGAAUGACCAAAAUAAAUUUUUUAGUAACAGCUAAAUUUAUUAAAAUGUUCAAUUUUGGCUGAAAUAAACUAGUAGAUUGAAUGAAAAAUAAUUUUUUUCCAAUUUGCAUAAUAUAUUAAAUGAGAGAAAAUUUUAGCUAAGGCCUUUAAAUUUAUUUUAUUACAUUUUUGUACAUUUAUACCGCCAUAAUUUUUAUUUCUUCAUUAGAAUUUCAUUACAAGUGAGAAAGUAGGAAUUAUUUUAUAUUGCCAAAUUGUAAAAAGAAACUUUAUGACGCAUUGCGAUUGAAACUAUUGUAAAUUUCAAUCAUAUAGUUUAUAUCCUCGAUGAUUUGCUUUAAUUUGUAUAAACUAGUUAUGUACAUCAUAUUUCACAAAUUGGUUAUUACAUUCUGUAAUAAAUAUUAUAGACAAACAUAUUUUUUUUUAUUUGAUUUAUUCAACGAAAUUAUAGAAUGUAUCUGUUUUUUUCUAAUUUGAUGCUUUAUAAUAAAAAUUGUGUUUUUUCUCUAA